AAAGUGCCGCACGGGAGCCAGCUCUCAACGGACGCUGAGGCAAACGUGCUCGCACUCAAACGACGAGUCAAGAAACAGAUGUCGAAGAAGGUGCAGAAAGGCCGCGGUCUUUCGAUCUCCAGAAGUAUGACACCGAAGCUCUUCUGCAGUUCGCAGAAGGCGCUGAUGCAAACGUACCUGCAUUCAAACGACGAGUCAAGGAGUAGUAUGUUAAAGGUUGUGCAGCGCGGCCGUUCUAUUGUCAAUGGUCAAUGGUACCUGCUCAACGAGCAGCUACUUCGCAAACUACACCGGUAG